GAAAGAGAGAGAGAGAGAGUGAGCAGAAGGCUGAAGUCAUCAAGGGAGUGAAUGGGUCCUGCACGCAAAGCAGAAACGCGCUGAAACUGCGGAGAUUUACUUUGGUUCACACACGGUGAAGCAGCAGCAGGAGGAGGUGUCGGCUUUACAAGAACUGCGAAACUCUCUGCUGGGAGAUCAGUUUUAAUGACUCCUCAUACUGAUUGAGAUUUUUUUUUAUUAUUGUUUUUUUGUCUGAGUUUACUUGUUUGUCUGUUUUAUUUAUUUGCUUGCGCCUGUGAGUGCUCCAGGUGAUGCUGAGCUGAAUAAGCGCGCCUGACGCAGUAAACGUAGCCACACACUCUGGGACGCACGGCGCAUCUCUCCACCAGAUGAGAGGAGAGGGUUCCCUACUUUUGAGUUCGGACGAAUGGAUUUAACUUUUCAGGCUUCGUCGGUGUUCCACUAAAGCCUUCCUAGCAUAUCUACUCACCUCUUUUUUUUAAAUGUUUUUUUUAAAACUCACAUGCUGAUGUUUAAUUCUGUUUCUGCGUAUAUGCGCAACAAAUGAAAUUGGAGGUUGCUUCUUUUAGCGCGUUUUUUUUCUCUCUUUUCGUUUUUUAAAGGAAAUGUUUCCCAUCUCUGAACGGAUAACGGACCUCUAACGAGGACUUGUUUUCUCGGCACAUAUGUGGACCCUAUCCAGGAUGUUACAGUCUAAACGGCCCAGGCAUCAUUGGGCCACGGUACGCUACAGCCACCACAUAACACCACACAGCUGGGCUGCGUCCUGCUGCGUUUAGGAGUCUUCCGAGCUUCAACCUCUUUAGGCGGAGGAAAACAUUUACACAAAAAAUAAACGAAGAAGAAACGCCAACUUGUUUUGGUGAACAUUGACAUUGGCUUUAGGAGUCUCACCUCUGGGCUACUAUGCAAUUACAACUGAUCUCCUUUGUUCUGAUCAUCUGGAACUGCAUGGAUUACUCUGGUUGUCAGCCGCACAGCACCUCCAGGCACCGGCAGCACAAAGCGAUGACUGGUGGCAGCUUGGGGUGCCAGCAGAGUGGCUGCCUGACCUGCUCGGACUACAAUGGCUGUCUGUCCUGCAAGCCUCGUCUCUUCAUGCAUUUGGAGAGGAUCGGGAUGAAACAGAUCGGGGUGUGCAUGACUUCCUGUCCUCCCGGCUUUUACGGCACCCGGUCCCCUGAGAGAAACACGUGUACGAAGUGCAGGUCAGAGUGUGACUCGUGCUUUAACAAGAACUUCUGCACGCGCUGCCGAAUGGGGUUUUACCUUCACCUGGGCAAGUGCCUGGACAGCUGCCCUGUAGGCAUGGUCCACAGUGACGCACAGAGGGAGUGCGUUCUCAGAUGUUCUGCGGAGUGUGAAUCGUGUGUGAACAGUGACACAUGCAACCGGUGCCGGCCUGGCCUUUAUCAGCUGAAUGGAAGGUGCCACCAUAUCUGUCCAGAUGACUAUGAACCCAAUGACAAACUAAUGGAGUGCACACCACAAGUGCACUGCGAGGUGGGCGAGUGGAGUGAGUGGAGCCCCUGCUCUCGGUCGGGCAGAACCUGCGGCUUCAGACGGGGCCAGGAGACCCGCACAAGGCAGGUCCUGCAGUAUCCAUCUCCGUUUGGCAAUCCCUGCCCAGAGAUCUCUGAGGUCAAAGAGUGUCUGGUCAAGAAAAAGAGAUGUCCAGGAACACGGAGGAAGUCCGACCGAAAAGAGAGGAGGAAUCGCAACAACCGCAAGGACAAGGAGAGCCAGGAGGGACGGAGGGAGAGGAAGCGGGAGCGGGACAGGGAUGCGGGUGAACGGGAAGACUCUGAUAACAGGAACAAAACAGAGAACCGACACCGGAGAGGCCACGACUCACAGACAAUCUCUCCUGAAGACGGCCUCGUGCAAUAAAGCUGGGGACAGACGACGACCGACCCCCCCCUCUGGUUGUCUCCCCUUCCUUCCUGCUCCAUGACAUCCCAACCCUUCCUGCCCCCACCCACUAUGUCUCCCCUUUUUGACCCCUCCUUACAGGGGUGUUGCUGCUACUUGUAUGGUUUCAACAGACCGUUAUUACAUCAGCGUUAUUCAUGGACUGUAAUAAGCCCCUUUGAUCUCAAAAACUGCAUCACCGUUCAAAGUGUCUCACGUGAAAGCUUUACGGAGACACUGCUGUCUGGAAACUGGGAACACUCUGCGACUGCAGAGGACUGUCAGACAAACUGACUAAGAUGGAGACAUAUGUGCUUGUUCAUACGGUUAUUUAAUGGAGCUUUGGUACAACGAUGUGUAUCUUUGGUUCCAAAUGUAGAUUGAUUUUACAGCAUCACAGUGCUUUGCAAAAGCAUUUACAUCCACUGAACUUUUUUUUUUAUUAUUGCUCUACAACCAUAAACUUCAAUGUAUUUUACAGAGAUUUUAUGUACCAGAACAACAGAAAGUGGUUCAAAUUGUGAAAUGAAAAGAAAAUCUAUAAUUUUAUCUUUUUUCUACAAAUAAAAAUUUGAAUAGUGCGACUUGCAUUCAACCCCUUUAAUCUAAUAUGUGUGACAUCAGUCGCAUAUAUUAGAAAUCAGUCACAUAUUUGUGACUGAUGUGACACAUCAGUCUCCAAUUGUUGCUUUGUCCAUAAGCAACAACACAUUUCUUUGGACAAGAUAUUGUCCAAAACAAUGUAUUGCUUUCAGAUGUCACCUGAUUUGUAAAUAAACUCAAGGUUUUCAUAACUUAAUCUGAUUAUAACACAGGAAUAGGUUAUAAUAAAGUUUGUUAGAGAACAUUAGUGAACAAAGAGCACAGCAAGCAGGUCAGGAAUAAAGUCGUAGAGGCUUUUAAAGCAGUGUUAGGUUACAAACCAGUAAACCAAGCUUUAAAAAUCACAUGACACACUGUUUAGUUUGCCAUCAUAAAAUUAGAAAAGUAUAGCACCACUGCAAAUCUACCAAGAUAUGGGUGUCCAUCUUAACUGAUAGGACACCCAUAUCUUGGGUGUCCUAUCAGAAAAGGAGAACAUAAAUCUAAGACGCAGUCAAGAGGACAAAGGUAAAUCCCAAAAUGUAUCUUAAUGGAUGAGUGUCAAGAAGAAAACACUUGUUAAAGCAAAGCAAUGAGGAGUCCUGUUUACCACAAACCUUUAGCCAUGUUAGGUACAGAACACAUCUGUGGUAAAAGGUGCUCUGGUUGGAUGUGACCAAAGUUAAACGUUUUUAGCACAUUACCUUUUACUUCACAACUAUUCACCACUUGUUGGGCUGUCCCUUAAAAUCCAAAUGAAAUAUCUGGACGUUUGUGCUUGUGACUCGGCAAAAUGUAAAAAAAAAAAAAAAAGUUCAAAGUGCGUAAAUACUUCUGCAAGAGACUGUGUGUAGAACAGUUUAUUAUUAUUGUUGUACUUGUUGUGUAGAUCUAUCUGGUGCAAAUUUUGUAAAGAACAAAAAUAUGAGUAUUAGCUCUUGCCAGCUUCAUACCGACACGUGUAGGGAAAGCUGAGUGCCGUGUCCAAAACUGAAAUAUGUGCAUCUGGGAUGAAAACAAAGUUUAUCCAAAGAAGUGCUAAAGCUUCUGGAGCACUUUUUUUUUUCUCCCCUCCUUUUGUGUAAAUAGAUUCUGUGCUCCAAAUAAAGCUCAUCAACCAGAACAAAAAAACCAAACUGUAUGUAAAAUAAAGCUGUAAUGGUUUCUA